ACAUCAGCUCUCGGGACGGACUCUCUCUCUCUCACACACACACACACACGCAUGCAUUCGGCGGCGUCAGAGCGCUUCGUGUUUUCACAGAAAGGGGUUGGACAGUAGUAUAUGCGUGUGUGUGAGUGUAUUUUCCUGCCACGAUGAGCAGCAGCAGCUUCGUGAACAUGGCGACGAUAGGAGACUUCGACCCGCUCAACGCCACCGUCCCCGCCACCAAAGUUGAAAUCACAGUCUCGUGCAGAAAUCUGCUCGACAGGGACACUUUCUCCAAAUCAGAUCCAAUCUGUGUGCUCUACACCCAAGGCAUCGGCAACAAGGAGUGGAGAGAGUUUGGGAGGACAGAAGUCAUAGAUAACACACUAAAUCCAGACUUUGUGCGCAAAUUCAUUCUGGACUACUUCUUUGAAGAGAGACAGAACCUUCGGUUUGAUCUGUACGAUGUGGACUCAAAGAGCACCAAUCUUUCCAAACAUGACUUCCUGGGACAGGCAUGCUGUACUCUGGGAGAAAUAGUGGGCUCCCUGGGAAGUCGGCAAGAGAAGCCUCUUGGGGGCAUUCCUGGAAAGAAAUGUGGCACCAUUAUUGUGAAGGCUGAGGAACUGAACAACUGCAGAGAAUCUGUAAUGAUGCAAUUUUGUGGCAACAAGCUGGACAAGAAGGAUUUCUUUGGCAAGUCUGACCCUUUCCUUGUGUUUUACCGCAGCAACGAGGAUGGAACAUUCACCAUUUGCCAUAAGACAGAGGUGGUGAAGAACACCCUGAACCCUGUAUGGCAGGCCUUCAAGAUCCCCGUCAGAGCCUUGUGCAAUGGAGACUAUGACAGAACAAUCAAGAUUGAAGUGUAUGACUGGGACAGAGAUGGAAGCCACGAUUUCAUUGGCGAGUUUAGCACAAGCUACAGAGAGUUGUCCAGAGGGCAGUCCCAGUUUAACGUAUAUGAGGUCAUUAAUCCAAAGAAAAAAGGCAAGAAGAAAAAAUACCUCAAUUCUGGAACGGUAACACUUCUGUCAUUCCUCGUGGAUAUUGAAGUCACCUUCCUAGACUACAUUAAGGGCGGGACUCAGAUUAAUUUCACCGUGGCAAUUGAUUUCACCGCCUCAAACGGCAACCCUGCACAGCCAACAUCCCUGCACUACAUGAGUCCAUACCAGCUGAAUGCAUACGGCAUGGCUCUCAAAGCAGUGGGAGAGAUCAUUCAGGACUACGACAGUGACAAGAUGUUCCCAGCAUUGGGCUUCGGUGCCAAGCUGCCCCCCGAUGGGCGUGUAUCCCACGAAUUCGCACUGAAUGGGAACCCACAGAACCCAUACUGUAAUGGAAUAGAUGGUGUAAUGGAGGCGUACUACCAGAGCCUGAAGUCUGUGCAGCUUUAUGGACCCACCAACUUCUCACCCGUCAUCAACCAUGUAGCAAGGUACGCUGCCUCUGUGAAGGAUGGUUCGCAGUAUUUCGUCCUCCUCAUCAUCACAGAUGGAGUGAUCUCUGACAUGGCCCAGACCAAAGAGUCCAUCGUCAAUGCUUCAUGUCUUCCCAUGUCAAUUAUCAUCGUUGGUGUUGGACCAGCAGAGUUUGAUGCGAUGAUUGAGUUGGAUGGGGAUGAAGUCAGGAUCUCAUCCAGGGGCAGAUAUGCAGAAAGGGACAUUGUGCAGUUUGUCCCGUUUCGGGAUUACAUUGACCGAACAGGGAACCACAUCCUCAGCAUGGCGCGGCUGGCAAAGGAUGUGUUGGCUGAGAUUCCGGACCAGUUCCUGUCCUACAUGAGGACCAGAGGCAUCAAACCAUUACCCGCUCCGCCUCCAUACACACCGCCAGGACAGCCCCUACAGACCCAGAUCUGACCCGCUCUCAUUCAUGUCUCUCUAUUUCUCUCUUAAUCUCCCAAUGAUGUGGAGGGGCACUUCUCCCCCUUCUCAAUCUGUCUCUCUCUUACGUUGCACUAUAGGCACUGGAAGGAUGAAGACACAGCGGCCAAACAGGGCCAGUGAGGCCUGAUUUACUUCCAUUACAAGCGUUCUUCUGUCAGGGUCUCUCUGUCUCUCUCUCUCUCUCUCCCUCGCUCUCUGUCAGAGCCUGGCUUAUCUCUUGUAGCCUCACUAAAAUGGACUGAGCUUGACCUUUGUUCGGGCUCGCUGUAGGACUGAAGAAGAAAAGAAGGGAUCAGUUGACAUCGUUUCUUGGAGCUGCAUGCUUUUCCAGGUGAAGGGCCGAGGUUCUGCUUCCUCUGGCCACAAAUCACACUCGACUGUUGUAAAUAACUUUGGAAACUGAUCAUUUCCUUUUACUUAUGUAUAUUCCUCUCUCUCUCUCUCUCUCUCUCUCUCUCUCUCUCUCUCUCUAAGCUCUCACUCAGUGUUUACAUGUUGAUGAUUUUCUUACUGUUGGAUACUUUUAUAUAAGCGUAAACUUUCAGUAUGAACUUUGGAAUACGACUUCUAUCUGCGUGUUGUCUUUUGCCACGCAUGUCAGGCACUUGUUGUCACAUUAAUCGCAUUGCAUGGCAUGGAGUAACAGCCAGCUCCACUUCGUGAUGCAUGAAGGCCAUGAUUGACCUCUUUCUGUUUUAGUUUCUCAUUCUUUCUUUCCCUCUUUCUCAAAUCAUCCUGGCACAAGCAUUGUGUGUGUGUGUGUGUGUGUGUGUGUGUGUGUGUAUGGAAAUUGUGUUCUGUUGUGUCAAAACUUUAGAAGCUGCUCUCAAAUAAGAUUUGAGACUAUGAGCCCAGUGGUCAAAAACACAGAUGCCAUUGUUUUUCUUCCAUUUCUGUCCUGUUCAUAUUUAUCAAAACAGUACAGGUGUUUUAUUGAUUUGUAAAUCAUAAGUGUUGUUUAAAAAAAAACCAGUGUUAUCCUUUAUCUUCAUUAGAGAUGCCCGAAGAUGUGGAUAAAAAGCACAGAUCACCAAUUUCACCUGAAUACCGUACAUGCAGGAUUUAAGUGUUCGUACUACAGUAUUUCUGCAGAGGGACAUUUAAGACACUGGUAAGGUUUUUUUCUCCCAGACACCAAGUUAUUAUUAAAGCAUAAUUAAAAAAAUAUAUAUAGCACAUUAGGGCAUUUAAUUCUAUGUUUUAGCCAGUGAAAUGUUCCUUCUGUGCUGCACAGCCUUAAACAACACUGGAUCUAAACAGAGUUCAAUAAAAGAUAUACGAAAUCCAAGAUGUUUUAGUAACCAGUCACACCUUAAUCUAGGAAAACAAAUUUAAAAUAAUACUUCCAAUGUGUCUGUAGUGUAUAUGAGAUUAUCACAGACAAGAAUUUCUUUAACGCUCCAUGUAAUGGAAGCCACUGAUAAAGACAGAUGAUGAAUUCCGUCAGUAAACAUCUAAAAUAUGUGACUAUAUAAACUAUUAGUGUUACACUCCAGCUUGAAAUAAGAACAUUUCUUUUCUAACGUAGUUAUGUAGCCAGAAACUGAAACAUAAACAUACAGUAAAAGUACAUGCUUAAUUUACACCUUUGACUUUCUGAAAUUGUUACAAAAAUAUCUUUCAUAUAAACUUUAUAUUUAUUUAAUUUUUUGGACUGCCCCAGCAACUGACCUUACACUUCCAUAAGUGCGUUUUAACUUAAUAAGGUUUUCCAUUCUUUUCACAGUGUAGGAACAUACUACAGACCCAGUAGAUAAAGAUUAAGUUAAGAGAGAUUCUGGAGUAUUUUUUUUUAAUGAAUAAGACCAGUAUUUGAAAUGACUGGAUAAUAAUCUGAACUCCCCUCUUUAGUAAUGUAUUCAUCUUAUUAAUAUUAGUUGGCAGUUUUUAUAAGGUACACCCACCAUAUACUGUACGGUCAGCUCCAGAAAUACUGAAUCUUUCAUCUAAGUAAAUAUAUUCUAAGAAAAUGUUAAAAACCUUAGCAAAAUUAUACAUAUUUUUUAAAUAUUUUCUUGGCACCCCUAAAAAUUCAUAUAUACAAACUGUAACCAAAAAAAAAAAAUCUUUCUAUUUAUUUAACUUUUUUUUAUUCAGCUGAGUGUUUAGGAACUCUCGAGCAGUCAUCCAUGACUUCCUGCUUCAUUGGGGUGUGAUUGUAGGUAUACAAUUACUGACUGUAGCCCUAUCUGUCAGCCCUUCUCUACCCUGUCUAUCAAUGGAAAGGGAGCACUACUGACCAGAUAUUGGACAGAUAGACCUGUUAGUAAUUGUACACCUAUAAAGUGCAUCAAUAUGGUAGAUGUACCUAAUAAAACGUUCAAUGAGUGUAGAUACAAGUUAGGUGUAUCUAAUUAACUGGAAACUGUGUAUUUCUAAACUAUAUUAAUCAAGUCUGUGAAUCCGUGUAUUAUCUCCCUGCGUCAGGCUCUGACUGGAUUUCUGCUUUACAUGAGCCUUGAUUUCAAUAAAAAAAUCGAAUUUUUCAGUUCUUGUCAGUUCAAACAAAUGUAGUUUUGAAGGGUUAUUAUGUUUCAAGUAGCAUUAAGGCAUUAUAAUGAAUUGCCUUUAAGCAUUGAAUGAUAAUUAGUGACCAAUAUUUGUCUUUUUUUUAAGUCAUGUCUCAGGCUCAGGUUUUUUGUUUUAUUUUUGUUUUGUUUUGUUUUUUUUACAGAAAAAAAAGAAGAAAGCCAGACAGAGUUCAGGCCCCUUAGCUAGUCAUGAAAUAAUGUGAACGACACAAUAUGUAGCAAAUGGAAUUUCAAGACAAAAAUGAACGCCUCACCAAAUUUAGCUGGGUUUUUUUCCCCUGUUCUGUAGUCACAGACUAGCAUAGCUAGUGUAGCUGAGUGUUUUGGGUGACAGCCGCAUGUCCUCUGGUUCUAUUAUGUAGCUCGCUGUCUCUGUGAGUGGGAGCGUGGAUCGCGAGUUACUUUCUCACUUAAUUAGUAUUGUGUAGUAUUGUGUUAGUAAUAAGAAUUUAAUGGCGGAUCUGCCAUUAAUUGCAAUCAGGAAUUUAUACGGUGAAGAACUGAUUUACAGUCUUACACAGAGCUUUUUUUAAAAGCUUCAUAAAUACAAAUCUUAUAUAAACUACAGGCCAUUAGAGUUCAGAGGAGUGUUGUAUGUAUGUAUAUGUGUGUAUGUGUGUGUGUGUGUGUGUGCGUGCAUGUUGCAAACACUAACACCAGGAGUACCAGCUGAGAUUUUUCUGUGCUCCUCAGUCCAACUAUGGUUCGCAACGCCGCAGCUUCGCCAAGCUCAACCACAUUACUGUGUGUGUGUGUGUGUGUGUGGUGCAUGAGUGGUGGUGGUGAUGGAUUAAUCUGACAGGAUUCAUCAGAGGUGUGAUUUCAUUCACAUGAACUCUUGUUUACUGAAAAUAUCCAAAUAUAUUGUAUGCUUGUCAUAUCUUAUUAUAUAAUGUGCACUAUGUUUGCAUGUACAGUUUUAAAUGAGAUGAACUAGUUUUUUUUUGUUAUUAAUAGAGUGUUUUUUGGGGAAAACUGUUUUAAAAUUGUCAUAAUAUCUGUACAAAAUGGCCUUAAUCUCUCACUGAAUUCUUGGAAUCGUGCAAUGCCUUCAGAUAUGAAUUGUUCUAUAUUUUGUGUCGGUGUAGAAUUGCUUUCUAGUGUAUAUUCUCUUUGCACAGAUUCAUGUAUGGGGAAAAAAACAUAUUGUACUUUUUGCUAAUCAGUUAUUAAUCAGAGAAAGCAUGAUUGCAGUACUGAAUGUCUGGUAAAUCCAUAUGAUUAAAUAACUAUUUCUGUAUCAAAGUAUCGAUUUUGGAAUAAACAUUCUUACUAAACACAGUGCAAUUAAAGGCUCCUGUUCUGUUUUGUGCACCCUCCACUCUUCAAGGUACAAGCCAUUUAAAUUGAACCUCAGAUGUACAACAGUGUACCAAAAGUACCAAAUCGGGACAUGUGGGUGGAGCUAGAAAGAGUGCAGAGCACUGAAAGGCAAAACCUGACUGUAAAGAAAUCAUCACUAGCCGUCAGCCAUGUCAGAUGAUCAUUAUUAUAAUUAAGCAUUAUGCUUUUGUCUCAAAUAUAAUGCUCCACAAUUUGUUACUUUGUGUAGUGGCAUACUAUUUCAAACAGACUGAUUUAGGAUGUGACCUAGCUAGUUAGAAUCACAUUUCUUCCACUGCAUAUGGCACAGCAACUUUCUGUAAUAGUGUCUGAUAAUAUUCUCAUUGAGUGCAACAGAAAACCUGGCGUUCCAAACCAUUCGUCCAUCAACCGAUCAGGAAGUUAUUUGUCAUAUCUUCAAUAUCAAUAUUGUCAUAUUUCACACUGUUAGCUAACUUGCUCAUAUCUGGCCAAGUAGGGUGAAGUAAUGGAAGGUUAGAUUCGAAGAAGCAGGGCUUUGUGAACAUGACCGUGGAGUUGAGAUAGGUCAAGGAGUUAACAUAUCAUUUCAACAUUUUUCUAAUUCACCUUGAGAGCAAAUUCUACCCAAAACACUUGGGAAAUUGUCAUCCCACUACCUCCACAGAUACUCUUGUGUAAUGAGAAAUAAACAAUGUUUUGGAUUGAGAUUAGUGGCAAGCAUUUUGUCGAUCUGAUCUACAG